CACUCGUUUCUUUCUAAUGGCUAUGUCGUCUGAGAAUGAUUUUGUGUUCCAGGUACGAAGAUGUCAAUGGGAAUUGGUUGCUCCAGCAAAACGGACACCAUAUGAGUUUAAACAACUUUCAGAUAUCGAUGAUCAACAAGGCUUCAGAUUUCAAGUUCCAAUGAUAUUUUUCUAUCCACAUAAUCCAGACGUGGAUGGAAGAGAUCCCGUGGAUGUGAUCCGAAAGGCACUUGCGGAGACCUUAGUAUUUUACUACCCUUUUGCAGGCAGAUUGAGGGAAGGGCCGGGACGGAAGCUAUUUGUUGAAUGUACAGGCGAAGGUGUCUUAUUUAUUGAAGCAGAUGCAGAUGCUACUUUGGAACAGUUCGGCGAUGCAAUUUAUCCUCCAUUUGCAUGUUUGGAGGAUGUUUUAUACAACGUUCCAGAUUCAGAUGGGAUCGUUGACUGUCCACUGGGGCUCUUUCAAGUGACACGACUUAAAUGUGGCGGUUUCAUCCUUGCCAUUCGCUUAAAUCAUACGAUGGCUGAUGCUUUUGGUAUGGUUCAAUUCAUGAAUGCCAUAGCUGAAAUAGCUCGAGGUGCCGUAGCACCAUCUAUUCUUCCUGUGUGGCAAAGAGCUCUCUUAAAUGCAAGGGACCCUCCCACAAUCACUCAUAACCACCAUGAAUACGACCAGGUUGUUGAUACCAAAGGCAUCAUCGUCCCUCUCAAGGACAUGGCUCAUCGCUCGGUCAUCUUCCGUCCGAGUGAUAUCUCUGCCAUCCGCAAAACCUUACCCACUCACCUCCAUUGUUGCUCUUCCUUCGACCUCAUCACAGCUUGCCUUUGGCGCACUCGUACAAAAGCCCUUCAACCCGACCCAAAUGAAGAAAUGCGCUUGCUUUGCGCUGUGAAUUUACGCACCAAGUCAAAAUCUUUACCCUUAGGAUAUUAUGGCAAUGCAUUUUCUUGCCCUGCAGCGCUCGCCACUGCAGGUGAGCUUUGCAUGAACCCAUUAGGCUAUGCUGUAGAAUUGGUUAGGAAGGCUAAGAAUGAGGGAACGGAGGAAUACAUGAAGUCCGUGGCAGAUCUUAUGGUAAUCAAAGGACGACCGAACGUAACUGCCGUGAGAUCGCUCGCGGUGUCAGAUGUGAGAAAAGCUAGGAUGGAUGAGGUUGAUUUUGGAUGGGGAAAUGCCAUUUUUGGAGGACCUGCCAUGGGAGGGGCUGCAACAGUCCCUGGUUUGACAAGCUUUUAUAUGCGUUUCAAGAACAACAAAGGGGAAGAGGGAAUUGUGGUGCCUUUCUCCUUGCCUGCUCCAGCUAUGGAAAGAUUUGUGUUAGAACUUGAGGAUUUGUUCAAGAUGAUACCAACAAAUGAAGCCAAAAACUCCCCCACUGGUCGGAAACAAACAUGAAAGUAUCUUAAUAUGUUAGGUUGUAAUUUAAGGUUGUAUUUUGUAGCAUGUAAUAUAUAAUUUGGUUAUAAUAUUGAACUAUUAUCUGGUUUGAUACGGUA